AUGACUUGUGAUAUCCUGAGUAUUAUGGCGUCAAUAAAUGGCUACCUGUGGGGCGUGGCAGGAGCACGCUUGACGAAACGAUGUCGUGUGGUUCUCUUCGAAACAAUAAUGAGUCAGGCGAGUACCACUUUUAAUGCUGAGGUGGGAUGGUUCGAUCACGCCGACAAUCAGCCAGGAAAAUUGACAGGUUGCUUGGCCGCUGACGUGCCAACACUUCAGAAUAUCUCUGGACGUCGUUUUGCCUCCUUCCUGGAAGUUAUCACACUCAUCAUUAUUGCUCUCAUAAUCGCCUUUGUCUACAGUUGGCAAAUCGCUUUAGUCGCAUUGGCAUUCUUCCCCGUGCUUAUAGUUGUCGGUGCUUUCCAAAUGAUGCAAUACACCAAUGAUGGAAACAAAGCGAACGUCAAAGGGGCUGGAUUGGCUUUUGAAAGCCUUUCAGCUGCCAAAACCAUCUUCAGUCUGGGAGCUGAGGAGCACUUCGUUCGCAGAUUUGAAAUGGAAGCCUUGCCAACGAAAAAGAAAAUCGUGCUCAGUGCUUCUAUGUAUGCGGUAUUCAGUGCGUUGUCAAACUCUCUUUCCACUUUUCAAGUCGCCGGUGUCUUCUACGCUGGUGGUGAGCUCUUGAAAAAAGGCGAGGUCACAUUCGUCGGUAUCUUCAGAGCUUACUCAGCUAUCACCUUUUCUGCUCAACAGUUGGGCUUCGUAGCUGCUUUCGCACCCGAUUCAAAGAAAGCCCAAGAAUCCGCUGGCCGAAUCUUUAAAAUAAUUAACCGCGCGCCAGAACUCUCCAUAGAUGAUGGCGAAUUCCCAUCUAAACCCUUUGAAGGCAAUGUCACUUUCAAAAACAUUCAUUUCCGAUAUCCAACGCGUAAAAAGGUCAAAGUUCUUAGAGGCUUCGAUUAUUCAGUCACCAGUGGCACUAGUGUCGCUCUGGUUGGCCAGUCUGGUUGUGGAAAAUCGACAGUACUCCAACUGGUUCAACGAUUCUACGAUCCCCUUCAGCGAUCUCCAGCUACAAGUGGUCGCAUACUCUUCGACAAUAAAGAUCUUAAGGACUUGGCUCCCACUUGGAUUCGACGACAAAUUGGUGUGGUAUCUCAGGAACCGAAUCUUCUUGAUCUCACAAUUGCAGAAAAUAUUGCCUAUGGUCUGACGUACCAAGAAGAGCCUCCUUCAAUGGCCCAAAUCAUUGAAGCAGCCAAGCAAGCGAAUGCCCAUGAAUUCAUCAGCAACCUUCCAAUGGGGUAUGAUACUGCAGUGGGUCCACGUGGAUCUCGUUUGUCAGGGGGUCAGAAACAACGAAUUGCCAUAGCUCGGGCCUUGAUUCGAAACCCACGUCUAUUAGUGUUGGACGAAGCCACAGCAGCCCUGGACAAUGAAAGUGAACGCAUUGUUCAAGCCGCCUUAGACGAGGCAAUGCAACGUGGUGGUCGAACUACCCUGGUUGUUGCGCAUCGUCUCACCACUGUGGAGAACUGUGAUAGCAUUGUUGUGCUUGAAAACGGACGUUGUGUGGAAAGUGGAAGUCCAGCGGCUUUAAUGGAAGCCAAAGGCGCCUACUACUCACUACACAACACAGACGCUAAAACAAAAAUUCACUAG